UUCCGUGUGUAUAUUCAAAAUUGACAAACAUGUCAAAUAUCAAGAAAGAUGAUAUUAUACCGGAGCUUGAAAACCAUUUUAUUCUUCGAAUGCCUUCGCAUGCAGCGGAUAAACUUAGACAUCUGGUUCAUGUGGGAAACACAAGUGUCAAGGAUAAAAUAUCCAUAGAAUUCUACGGAGAUGGCAGACAUGGAACAGUACGCUUUGACAAAGAAGCAUUCGCAGCAAAGUUGGUGGACAUACCUACAAUAUUAGAAUCCUAUAAAACAGUUGAUAAGAAAACAUUCUUCAAAACUGCAGAUAUCUGUCAGAUGCUUGUUUGUUCAAAUGAAGGAGAAGACAGUGGAAGUGGUCGAGAGGAAAAACCUUCUCCGCACAAGAACACCGGCAAAGUCGACAAAAAGUUUCUAUGGAACCACGGAUUAACACCACCACUAAAGAAUGUCAGAAAACGGAGGUUUAGGAAAACAGCCAAGAAAAAGUACAUUGAAUCACCAGAUAUUGAGAAAGAAGUUAAAAGACUAUUGAGAAUGGACAGUACCGCUAUCAGAGUCCGAUGGGAAGUGUUGCCUGAUAAAGAUGGCAAAGAAGACACAAAAAGUGAAUUACAAAUAGAUGGCAACGACUGGAAACAGAUCUUUGAAGAGGUUAGUAGCUCAGAGAAUGAGGAAGAGGAAGAAGACGUCAACAUCAUGGAGGUCGGGGAUUCCCAGCAAGGCAUGGAGGAGUUCAAAGUUCCAGAUGAAUUUGUUAAAAGGUAUGCAGAGUUAGAACAGGAAAUGACUGAACUAAACCAGAAGAAGAGAAUGCAGGAAGAGGCUAUUGCUAAUGUGGAUAAUGUUAUGCUGAAGCAACGAUUCCAAUCAAAAUUGGAUGAAGUCUUGGUGGAGAUGAAGAAACGAGAAGAAGAGAUGGAAACUUUGAAAGUGCUUAUUGGUCCAAGCUGAAAUUGAUGAGCUGGACUGUUGGCUAAAUAAUCUGAUGAGGUGUUACAGGGCAGAGAAAAACCAAUUUGAAGAUCAUUCAUUUAAGCAUAGAGCUGCUCUAAUACCAAGUGUUGACAUGGUCACAUGCACAAUGCAUUUUUUUCAUUCAUCAUUUCAUUCAUCAUUUGUGUUAAGUGGAUGCAUAUAUAUACUCAAAUAUAAACCUGUUAAUUCCACUGUAAAUGAAAAACUACAUAAUUACCAUCAAAAUGUGUUACUGCAUGAUCAUGAAGACUUAAUGAUCCCAACCAGUUUAGAAAAAAUGUCAUUUUAAUGGAGUAGAACAUUAAUGCUGUAGAAUGAUGUUGCUUUCCAUUAGAUUUGUUUACAAUCAUUUAGGGACUCUUAUUUACGGGAAAAAUGAACGCCAUGACCAUUUAUUCAAUGGAGGCAUCUCCGAGGCCUCAAUUUGAACAUGGUCUUCAACUUUCAACUUUAUUCAAAAACACUUGGUUGAGUGGCAAACACCAUCUAGUGGUGCAUCCAUCCAAGGUACAAAUAAUACCUCACAAAAUACAAUAUAAAUAUACAAUUAUUCAAAAAAUAAAUAAAUAGUGAAUGUUUAUGAGUACAAGUGGAAGAAAAUCCCCAUGAGGGAAAGAUGGACUGCCCCACUCGGGAGGCAGUUCCUAGCCAAAUGGAGCAGUCCAUUGUCUUUACUCGCCCAGUGCACAAACACAAGACAUUCAUUGUUAACUUGUAACACACCUAAAAUAGGCCCUUGUCACUUAAUACUGUAUAAGAUGAAAGACAACUUUAAAUACAUAAAGAUAUAGCAGAAAAAAUAUAACCACUACAUCCAGCAUUUUACCUAUUUACAGACGUACAGAAAUAGACCAAAAAUCUAUGUAAAUUUAUCAUUAGGCCUAGACCCAUAAAUACACAGGUCUAAACAUUGUCUAAAAUUACUUUUAGACAAUGGUUUCAUUGUCCCAAAACAGCUCAGACUUGUCAGAUUAAUGAUAAAUUAUAAAAUUAAAACAAAGAAAAAAGACCUGUAAAUUUGGAUCUUGUCUGGUUUGCUUGAAAUUUCACAGCUGUUUUUAUCCGUACCAUUAAUUUAAGCAACCCAUAUUUUGCACUCAAGACAAAGUAUUAGGAAAAGUUGUAUUUACCACAGGUAUUCGAAGACUUGGUUACUCAUUUUACUAAACUUGAGAAGUAUGUGAUGUGAUCUUACUUUAAGAAUAUAUGUUGUUUACCCAUCAGCAUAUAUUU